AAAAUUUAUUUAUUUAUUUUAUUUUUAUUUUAUUUCCCGGCAUCUUCGCCGCUCCAUCCCCGCCCCUCCCCCACCCGUGGGAAGAUUCCCCCCCCCACCCCCUUCCCCCCCAAAAUAAAUUUGGGGGGUCCCUCCCCUCCACCCCUCCCCUUUUUUAUUCCCGGUUUUUGAGGAUUCUGGGGAUUUUUCCCGGGUUUUUCUGGGGGAAUUUUGGGAAGAUCGGGAAAGGAUUUAUCCCGUUUUUGGGGUGUCCCCUAUGGGAUCUUUCCCCACUUGGGGUUUUCCAGAUGCCACUGCCGCUGUCCCCCCGCUGUCCCUCUGCUCCUGCUGCUCCUCUCCAGCUCCGCCCGCGGCGCCGUCCACCGCCAACCUCACUGAAGGCUGCCAGAUCAUCCACCCUCCGCGGGGACGGGGGAUCCGCUACCGAGGGCUGACGCCGGACGAGGUUCGGAGCGUCCGGUUCCUGCCCUUCGACUACGAGAUCGAGUACGUGUGCCGGCCCGAGCGCGAGAUCGUGGGGCCCAAGGUGCGCAAGUGCCAGCGCGACGGCACCUGGACGGCCAUGGGCCACCCCAGCCGCUGCCUGCGGACGUGUCCCAAGGUCCACCUGAGCCUGGAGAACGGCCAGGUGGCCGCGGGGGCCAUGGAGAGGGUCCCCUGUUGAAGGCACUGGGCCAGGUUCUCCUGCGACGCCGGCUUCCGCCUGGUGGGCGCCGCGCGCAGCAACUGCACCAAGAGCGGCCGCUGGAGCCCACCCCAAGCCCCAGUGCCA